AUGCAUCUCUUGAACAUGAAGAACAUGGCCGUCGCCGCGCUGAGCAUCUACACCAUCCCUAACAUGCCCUCCGCCUUUGCCACCCCGACCGAUCAAGGACUCUCCCCCGCCGAGAACGUCGCACGCGAGUACAUUAUGACUACUGCGAAAUAUCAACUAUCCACUGGGGAAACUCCAUCCACGACUGCUGUCGUCAAUUCCGCCUCUGCCAGCCCCAGCGCCUCCUCCAUAGCGUCGACCAGCCGCGCGUUGAACUUGCACGCGUCGGCCUGGUCGGUUGGGCUGGUGGCUGCUGGUGGCACGGUUGCGGUACUCCUGUGA